AUGACUGAACUAAAAUUCCAAAUACGUUCGCUUCUAGUUCUAGCAACGCUCCUCACAUAUGUUUUCGCAGCUCCUUUGAACCAUCUUCAUAAAAAGAGAGAAAUUGUAACGAGAGUACAUACCGCUUCUCAAACAAACACUGUCACUGACUUUUACUCUACCACUACGCAAAUUGUCCUCGCACCAACUGUGGAAUUCAUUAUUUCUGGCUCAGUCACAAUAACAACUACUCUACCACUGGCUGAUGGAUCUGUACCAACUGAAUCCCCAAGUGUAACCAUAACAUCUGUCUUCAAUGACCGUGGAGCUGCAGCUGUUGCUGUUCCAACACAUCCUGCUGCGGUAGCAGGGGAAGCAGAUCCUAAAGUGAGUACCAUUGUAAACGACGGUACAUCUACAUUGGCACCAAUAACUGCAUCAACUCAAUCACAGAAUAACGAUAACGGUGCUGCUUCCGCAACAACCACAACAUCAGGGGUUAGUGUUACCAGUGGUAGUGACAAUAACAACAAUGACAACACCAGCAAUUCAGGCAGCAGUAAUGAAAGCAGCGACAACGAUAACAAUGGUAAUACAAGUAGUAGCACUGAGAAUGGAAACGCCGGUAAUGCAGACACUAGUUCCAGCACCAGCUCAAGUACUAGCUCAAGUACCAGCACAACCAAAGACAGCAGCACAAGCACGAGUUCUGGUAGCACCACAACAGCUGGUUCUGGUACCGGUGUUCCAAAUACUAUUGUUUAUUCCCCAUACAAUGAUGACUCUUCGUGUAAGAGCGCUGAUUCAGUUUAUUCCGAUCUGCAAACCAUUAAAGCAAAGGGUAUCUACAAAAUCAGAAUAUAUGGUACCGACUGUAAUUCAUUACAAACUGUACAACCAGCUGCCGUCAAGUUGGGUAUGACUAUCAACCAAGGUUUCUGGAUUGGUUCUUCUGGUGUUAGCUCAAUCGACACUGCUGUCUCAGAUGUGAUUUCCUAUGGUCAAUCUAAUGGCUGGGAUGUAUUUGACUUCAUUACAAUUGGUAACGAAGCUAUAAUUUCUGGUUACUGUUCAGUGGAAGACUUAAUUGGUAAAAUCUCCUCUGUCAAGGCACAAUUGAAAUCUGCUGGCUACGGAGGACUAGUUACUACCUCUGAACCUCCUGUAAUCUUUGAAACCUACCCAUCUUUAUGCACAAGCUCUGAAAUUGAUUUCGUCGGUAUUAAUUCCCAUGCCUAUUUCGAUCCAAACUCCCAAGCAUCUACUGCUGGAUCCUUCGUUAAGAAUCAACUGCAAAUUGUGAAAGAUGUUUGCGGAACAGACAAUGUUAGAGUGACAGAAACUGGUUACCCAAGUAAGGGUGUCCAAAAUGGUGGUAAUAUUCCAAGUAAAGCUAACCAAAUAAUAGCUGUUAAUGGUAUCUUAGAGGAGUUGAACGGAGAUGUCACAAUUUUAUCUACGUUCAAUGACUACUGGAAGGACCCUGGUACUUACGGUGUCGAACAAUCUUUCGGUGUUAUUGAUUUCCUAUCAUGA